AUGCCUUACAAAAAUUGUUCUUCUGCUUUCCUUCGUUUAUUCGUUCGUUCCUUUCUUUCUUCCUUCUUCCCUUCAUUCAAUCAAUCAUUUGUUUUUAUUUUCUUAUCUUUUUCUUCUUUAUUUCAGUAUCUUUUUCUGCUCUCCUCCUUUUCUUCAUCUCUUUACUUCUAUCUUUCUGAUUCUUGUCUUCAUUUUCCUUCUCUUUUGAUCACCCCACUCUUUCUUUCUUUCUUUCUUUCUUUCUUUCUUAUAGUCUUUCUUACUCCUUUUCUCUCUUCUUCCCCCUCUUCCUUUUCCUCUUUCUUCUUCUUCUUCUUCUUCUUCUCACCGUUUCUUUUUCAUUUCUUCAUUUUGUUCUUUCUUUCAAUAUUCUUUUUAUUCGCUUUGCCUUUUUCUCUUCGUUCUUGCUUUUCUUCUAUCCAUUCUCUUCAAUUAUUUUUCUCUUUCUCUUUUCUUUUCUUUCUUUCUUUGUUUUCAUCCUGUUUAUUCUUUCUGUUUUUCUGCUCUUCCUUUACUUUUCCUACUCCUUCUACCGUUGCUUCUUCUUCUUUUUCUUUCUUUCUUUCUUUCUUUCUUUCUUUCUUUCUUCGUCCUCAUCCUUUACCAUUUCCUCCUCCUUCUGUUAUUGCUUCUUAUUCUUUAUUUCUUUCUUCCUUUUUAUUGUCUACUUUUCGUGUCUCUUUUUUUUGUCUUCUGUUCGCCAUUCUUCUUCACGUCUUCUUUUUUGUUCCCCUACUCAUUCUUAUUCUUUCUUUCUUUCUUUCUUUCUUUCUUUCUUUCGCUUUCUGUUCAUUCCUCUUAUUUUCUACAUUUCUUUUUCUUUCUUCUUCCAGAUAUUUCCUUCCCCCUUCUUUCUCUUUUGAUCUGCAUCCUCUUUCCUCUUUUUCCUGCUUUCUAUUCCGUCUACUGAUUUUUCUUCUUGUCUCUUUUUUUAUUUCCUUCUCCUUUCCCUUCUCUUCUGCUCCUUCACUUUUUGUCUUCACUUCAUUCAUUCCGUAUUCUUCUCCCCCUCUUCCUCUUCGUUUUCUUCCGUUGCCUUUCAAAAUUGAGUUUCUCCUUCUUUACUCUUUUACUCCUUCUUCUGCUAGCUCUACUCGCAGAAGAAUUUGGGGAAGCUCCUGGUAA